AUGGAGUCGUUUACCGUCAUCCAUCCCAGAGAGUAUCUUGAUGGGAACAGCAAAUACUAUUAUAUACAUGAGCGAUUUGCAUGCGAUGUCUGUGACGAGGUUAGCCGUUGGCUCUUGGAACGCAAAAGGGGAGAACAAGCCAAACAGGGAGGAAGUAGGGGUGACAAGAGAGUACGGGUAGAUCCACGUCGAUUCAGCGGGUUACGGGCGGUUUCGAUCUGGCAUGAGUUAUUGAACGGGUUGACGCAGAAGGACUACAAGAACAUCCAUCGGGUAGCGUACUCGUUUACCAUCGGCCGUGUUACUAGGGAUUUCUGUCGUGGAGGACUAAAAUGGGAUCGUGUUGAAUGGAUCAUCAAAAACAAAAGUCUGGUGGCACCAAUGAGAGGUAUGCCCAAGAUGCUCGUGUAUUCAGUCUUGGAGAAUGUGCGUGCUGUUCUUCGGGUUAUGUUUGAAGAUCAAUGGGACGUUACUGACAGAAUGGCCAUAUUGAAGAGUCACUCUGGACGACAUGCGUUAAAUGAACUGCUCCUUGAGCUAGGAAUGAGUAUCGAUGAUUUCAGUGGCGAAAAUGGACGGAUGCUUCUUGCUAACGGCGGCUUACAGGUCGACCACUGGGUGUUUCUUCUACAAAAUUGUAACUUAUAG